ACAAGAACCAUCAGAAGUUUUGAGUUCUUACUUUAUUUUUUUCAUCAUCGUCUUCAUUCUCCAAUCAAUCAUGAGAGUAUAUUUAUACCACAAUAUCAUACGCCAUCCUCAACCAGAAAACGCCGGCACAAUCACAAUCAAUGCAAAGAUCGACGGUUACAACUCGACGUUUACUGGUUCAUCGUUUGCCGAAGAAUUCUUCGACGAAUAUGACGGCCAGUGUCGAAGCAAAGAAGACUUGAAUUAUUUCUUAAUGGAAUCAGGAAUUGACGACGACGAUACCGAAUAUGCGAUAUCAGAGCUACUUCUCUAUGUUUUUGACGUAAUUCUUCCCAGAUGUAGUAAUUAUAAUCCGAGUGCUGAUUUGCUAGUAGUGUCCUUGCUUCUUUCUCCUAAUAAUAGCAGUUUGAGACCCGCAAGCAAGCUUGUGGUCAAGUCUUUAGCCAGGAAGAUAUACAAGAAGACUAGUUCUACUAAUGAACGGUGCGCAAUUUGUUUGGAAGAGUUUAACGAUGGAAGAAGAGUUGUGACUUUACCUUGUGGACAUGACUUUGAUGAUGAGUGUGCCCUGAAGUGGUUUGAGACCAAUCACGAUUGUCCUCUGUGUCGUUUCAAGUUGCUAUGCAAAGUAGUGUUUAAUGAUUUCUUGGUGGAUUCAGAGCUAUUUAACGAAGACGAUAUCGAAUCUGCGUUUUUUGAGCUAAUUCUCUAUAUUUCUCGAGUAACUUAUCCCGCAACAGGUAACUAUUCUCCGGGGGAUGAUUUGCUAGUGUCCUUGCUUCUUUUCCCUGACGAUGAUCCGAUUGAAGAAGAGGAUGAGAUUGAAGAAGAGGUUUCGAUUGAAGAACAGGAUCAGAUUGAUGAAGCUGUUCGAGUUUCGUUGGAGGAGACCACGAAUAUCAGUUUGAUGAGACCCGCAAGCAAGCUCGUCGUCAACUCUUUAGCCAGGAAAACCACUAGUUCUACGGGUGAAAGGUGCACAAUUUGUUUGGAAGAGUUUAAUGAUGGAAGAAGAGUUGUGACUUUACCUUGCGGACAUGAAUUUGACGAUGAGUGUGUCCUAACGUGGUUUGAGACUAAUCACGAUUGUCCAUUGUGUCGUUUCAAGUUGCCAUGUGGAGAUCAAUGAACUAGUUUGGUGUUGUCGCCGAAGUCAUUUUCCGAUUUGUACCAGUGUAUUUUCCGAUGUA